GCGGGGCCGUGCCGGGCCGAUAAGAAGCGGCUCCGCACCGGGGCCUUUUGCCUUAACGCUGCGCGGCAGCCGCAGGCGGGCGCGGCCUGGGGUGGCGGCACCGGCACCGCUGUCGGUCUUCGGCUGUGGACGUCUUGUCGGCGCGGAGCUCCGGUGAGGCCUCGCAGAGAUGGGUUCCCGGGCGUCUACGCUGCUGCGGGACGAGGAGAUCGAGGAGAUCAAGAAGGAGACGGGCUUCUCCCACAGUCAAAUCACUCGCUUGUAUAGUCGCUUCAAGCUCGACAAAGGAGAAAAUGGCACUCUGAGUCGUGAAGACUUCCAGCGGAUUCCAGAGCUUGCUAUCAAUCCAUUGGGAGACCGAAUUAUCAAUGCCUUCUUUCCAGAAGGAGAGGACCAAGUCAAUUUCCGUGGAUUCAUGAGGACACUAGCCCACUUCCGACCCAUAGAAGAUAAUGAAAAGAGCAAAGACCAGAAUGGACCAGAACCACUGAACAGCCGAAGUAACAAGCUCCACUUUGCUUUUCGGUUAUAUGACCUGGAUAAAGAUGACAAGAUUUCCAGGGAUGAGCUUCUUCAGGUGUUACGGAUGAUGGUUGGUGUAAACAUUUCAGAUGAACAGCUUGGCAGCAUUGCUGACAGAACAAUCCAGGAAGCUGAUCAAGAUGGGGAUAGUGCUAUCUCCUUUGCAGAGUUUGUAAAGGUUUUGGAGAAGGUGGAUGUAGAGCAGAAAAUGAGUAUUCGUUUUCUUCACUGAUGGAUGGAGAACCUUUUCCUCUCUACCCUUCCUAUAUAAUGACUAGAACUUCAUUUUUUCCUUACCACCUUUCCCCAGAGCAUUGCUACUGGUGCAUAUUAAGUACAUCAUCUCCAACCCUUCACUGAUUUGUUCUACCAAUGUGAACAAUCCGUGUGCAUCAGAAACAAAGGGAAAUAGCUGCUGUGGAACUUGGAAAGGAAGAAAAAAAGUUUUCCUUCCAUUUUUAACUGCUACUUUCUCCUCUGUCUCCUGCAUUACCAUGAGUAAAAAUGUUUCUCCUUCCUAUGUACUGCUGUUUAAUCUACAAACUGAUUCUUCUGAGCCGUGAAUCUGAGAAUUGGAAAAGGGGAAAAUGCCACAGAAAUGCCUUCUGAAACACUUUUUGGAGACAAGUGUCUACUCAGAUACUAGGUGCAGUGAUAAUUAUUCACCUUUGCUUCCAGUAGCAAUACCACAUUAAAGCUACCUUUAUUUUUUCUUCCCCAAUUGGCUCUUUACAUGCAGAUUUGUUUCUUCCCUGCUUCCAAAUCUGCCUUUUGCGUGAGGACUUGAGUUCCUCCUAUGGCUUCAUUGUAAAACUAGCACUAAUUGCAUGAUGACAGUCCAGAGGUAUGGUGAAGAUUUUCUUUUUGUUUGUGGGAUGAAUUCAUUCACAGGGACAACGGAGAAUCUGGUGGAGACAGGCAAUGGUAUCCUUAAAGGAAAUAGGAGCUCUGCAGUAAGUCACAACUGUUCCUGUAGCACAUGCAGAAGCUUGUUUCUUCCCUAUGAGUAGCUUCCAGGCUUGACAACUGGUGGACCACAAAGUACCUUUUCCAGGUUGCUUUACUCCAGGUUGCCACUUCCUAUCAGGGUAUUUUUGCCUCUGAAGGUAUAAACUUGUUUACCAGCUUACAUAACGCAAGAAAACUAGCCAUGCCAAAAUCUGGAUGUGUAGUUCUGUCACUGCCCCCGAUAACAGCGUAAUGAAACAUGACUGACUUUUUUAAUUGUAGUGACCUGGGCAUUAAUUAUUUGCACUUUCUGGUAUGGAAGUCCUGGUCUGUUAGAUUUGUGUUGAUGGUGGUAGCCAUAUUUAUGAAAACUCAGGCGUAAGAAUAUCAUUUGGGAAGUGCAUAUUAUCCCAAAUUAGAGUAAUAGGGAUAUUUCAGAAUAUAUUUCUAUUAAAAUCUCAUUUCUAUUCAAAUCUCUCUGCAAGUAUAAGAUUAAAUGAAAGGAUGAUUGACACAGUUAAUAUAACAAUCCUGAUCAAAUCAUAAAAUCAAAAGUAUUGAAAAUUCAGCACCAACAUAAGUUUCUGUGGUUGGAUUGGCAACUCAUCUGGUUCAGCUGAACAUCUAUGGUCUGGGAGGACCUUCCAGUAAAACCAAAAAAACCCCAAGAGCUUCUUUACUGAAGAAUCAGUGUUAUAACUGCUUCUUUGUCAUGUGUUAACACUUCUAUAAAUACUUACCAGUCUCAAACUACUCUCAAAUGUGUAUUUCCUUUGUUCUUGGUUCCUUGAAUCAUUAUUGGUGUUAAAUAAUAACAUGCAAGUCUCUGAAGGGGUUUUGAUUUGUUUUAAAUUAAGGACUUGCGAAGUGAAAUGUUGCACUUUGUUUUGCAGAGUGCAGCGUAACAAGUCCAGAAAUGUAAAUUAAACUUCUGCGUGUGAAAUGGUUUUGACCGUCAUGUAAAAUAGGAAUGUAACAAUGUUAACAGAAAAGUUUUAAUUUUUUUGUAGGCAUUGUGAUCUGCUUUAAAGUAAGUGUUGCACUCUUAUUUUCUGGCUAUAUAGUUGUAACCUACAGUUGUGCCUUAUUGUCCCAGUGAGACUGGAUAUUGUAUGUAUCAAUCCAUAAAUAAAACCUUCCACUGUAUAAAUAAAUGAAAAUAAAAUCCC